AUGUCUCUUGCACAGCCCGCACCGGCGAAGCUACUGACGCGCUCGGACUUUUCCGUGACGCUCAAGGUCCCGCCCUCUGCUGCCGCUACUUCCUCGUGGCAUCGAUACGAGUACAAAGAAGCGGGAGCUGCAUGGGACGAGCACGUGCUGCACGUAGACGCGCCUCCUGGUGCCUCCUCAGUCGUUCUCGACGAUCUCCAUCCCACGAGCACAUACGAAGUGCGCCUUUACGAGGUCUUGAAGGGCGCAGACGGCAAAGAACAAGUGUCCGCACCCAGUGAAGUGGCUGCAGUGGAUACGCAAGUGCCAGGCUGUGGACCAGACUCGGGUCGGGGCUGCAUGUGCUCAAUCCAGUAA